AGGCCCUGACUUUAUUGACUAGCUCAACGAAGUGCCUACAAAAGUUGGGUCCUUCCGUCGCCACACUGCACUUCGGAAGUCGUGCGAGUAGGUAGUGCGAGAAAUGUCUUCAUGUGUCAUCUAUCCGUUUGCGCUGGUCUGGUUUGUGGUUUUGGGAAUUUGUCGCCUCAGAAGACAGUCGCACCAACCGAUCGAAGUGCCUUCUUCGAUUUUCCUACCGCUGCGGGGCUCUCAGCCUUCGCCUGGGCCCAUCUCUUAUCCGGUUUCUCCCCUACAGCAGGGCUCUUCGUCUUCAUACUUGCCCUGGCAGGGCCCAUGGCCAAUCUCGCCGUUUCAGUCGUCAUUUGUUAUGGAUCUCGGCUUCAAUGAAGGUGGGGACGCAUGGAACUAUCUUUUGCAGGGGAUGCGGGUUCUUGGACUGGAGGCUGAUCGCAACCUGGUUGAAGCCGCUCGGAACAGUUUGUAUUUCAAACCCUUCCUAGAGUCUGGACAGCUCAUUCUUAUCCAUGGCGCCAUCAGCAACCGGGAAGGUUCUGCUCUAAAAUUCUACCGCUACAGAAAAUCGCCUGUGCACAGUGGCAUCGGCUACUGCUUUUCCGGCAGAUGGAGUGACUGUGACACCAUUGACGUACCAACUAUGACUUGUGAAGGAUUAUUGCGUAAAUACGGCGUUCCUGUUUACCUAAAGAUAGAUAUCGAGCGGCAGGACAAAAAUUGCGUAAUGAGUUUGAAUAGCAGCAGAUGCCCGCACGAACUGCCCCGCUUCGUGUCUUAUGAGGACUCAGUCAGGGAGAGCGAGGGCAUCAGGCAUCUCAUGCGUCUCCGGUAUUCCCGAUUUAAAUUUGUCAAGCAGAGGCCAUAUGCAUCUUACAAGACAUACUUGAAAAAAGGGCUUACGGCUGAACAAGCAAACGCAACGUGGCCAUGGAUGACCUCCGGCCCAUGGGGAAACUAUGCCUAUGACGCACAGAUUGGCUACGAUUGGCAUAAUACUGAUGAAAAAGGAGUUGUGGAAUCUCUAGGCCUCAAUGAAAAGCCUCUGGGACCCUGGGCAGAUGUUCACGCGUGGAUGUUCAAUCCCGAGGUGCCCGAGCGAUGUCAUGGCGUAGGUAUGUCGAGGUAACUGUAAUUCGAAAUUUGCAAUCUCGGUCGCCCUGCAUUGGAUUGGGUUAGAUGGCAGCGGUAGUCGCCCAUUGUUGUCCACCCCAGUGUUCGGUCAAAGCCCGACUUUCACAGGAGUUGUUCAAUUCCGGAAACAGUAAAAAGAAUGGCCGGCCAGCGAUCCCGGCAUCUUUUGCGAGAACGUCGCCGGGCCGUGCUCGGCCUAACCGGAAGUCUCUGUUUGAAAAAAAACGGGAGUCUUUUUCAGAAAUAUCUUGCCAGAUGAAGAAAAAAAACAGCCCCCCUCCACCACCAUCACUCCUGCUCAUCAAAUAAUUCCCGCCAGAGGUCUACAGCCCAUAUCAACCCUAUCAACACCCGCACGGCUCUCGUCGUGGGUGUGCCGUGUCCGGACUUCAGUCGAUUCAUCCGCGUUACGGUUCUAAGAAUCCCACAGAUGCACAGAAUCUGCAACGAAGCGGGAGGCGAACGAUCAUAGACAUGAGUCGCAAUAUAUCUGUGGCCCCGCACGUCAUCACGUUUGCGGUCGGUGACAGGAGCCACGCGUGUGGCAUGACACUCCUGCCCUUUUGGUUGGUCGUCCUGGUAGAUGUAAGUAUUCUGCCUCGUGAAAAAAUGGCUGGCCACCGCCACGGCCCGAGUCACAAUAAAAAUGCACUUCGAGGCAUCAUCGUCGUUAUUCGUUGUUAAUGCUGGACUAAAGUUGAGCACGACGGCCGACGAUGAGGAAAAACGCGCAAAAGCAAGACAAAAACACAGCAAAAGUCUCGCGCUGGAGAACUUCGGGAAAAAUUUUGGGAAGGGAAUCAAGUCCAAGGGGGAGUCGCGCGCAGGGUUCUGGUUGGAUGUUUCUUGUGUUAUGCCUUAGCGUAUUGCUUUUUGGUUGAUUCUUUAUUUUUGUGGAUUUUCUAUCCGCCGAGGGUGCCGCGAAUGUUUCGCAUUCGAUUGGUCGGGAAUAUUUUGAAGUGUUUCAGUUUUCGAUGUUUUAAAAGUGUCG